GAUAGCACACGUGUACCAAGUGUUUGUUUAUAUUUUGCUGUGCACAAAUUGGUGAAACUGUUUAAAUAAUAUUUAUUAAGAUUUUGCGGAAGGCCUCAAAAUGAUGCACUACCGCAAGGCCGAGAAUGUGGAGAAGGAGCUGAGCAAGAGCGAUCUGCCAUUCGAGGACUGCAUGCCAAAGACCCAAAAGGAUUUUUUGUGGAUGCAUGUAAAAGGCGGUACCAAAGUGAGCAAUGUGGUUGAGUUCGCUCAGGCGGCGCUGAACAAGGGCGAGCACAGAUGCGUGGUGUGGAGCGGCUCCGGCGGCGGAGUGGUGAAGACCAUAUCCUGUGCCGAGGUCCUCAAACGGAGCCACCCCGUCUACCAGGUGACGCGCAUGGCCUACACCAGCGUGGAGGAGCACUGGAAGCCGCAAAUGGAAGGCCUGGAGGAGAUAAUAGUCACGCGCCAAAUACCCACCCUGCACAUCCUCAUGAGUCUGGACGAGCUGCCGGAUACUAUAGAUGGCUUACAAAAGCCAAAUACAUCCACUGAUUUUUGGGAUGGCGGAGGAGCACAGUCACAUCCACGUUCCCAGCCCCGCCAUCAGCAGCAACAACAUCAACCAGGAGCUGGGGGUGGGGGUCGGCCGAACAAACGGACCAGACCCGGACGCAAUAAACCAGGCCAACAACACGGAAAACCUGUCGCCGAAGAGAAUUUACCCGCCAGUUAGAGUCAAGUUUAAGAUAAGCCGACCAUGGGAAGAUUCCCUUAUUUGCCCUUUGUAAGGAUGUACAAAUAAAGGCCAAUUUAUCACAAAAGACCAGCGGUAUUAACCCAAUUGCGGGCAAUAAAAGAUUAGCUAUCCGAAGAUAA